CAGGCGGCUCCGCGCCCCGCCCCCCGGGAGAGGCUCGGGCCCCGAGCGCCCCGCCGCCCGACGCUCCGCAUGGCGCCGCCGGGCCCAGGCGAGGCGCUCGAGGCGGCGCGCCGCUGGCGCGGCCGCCUCGCAGAGGGCGAGGGGGCCAGCGAGCUGAGCGACGCCGCCCUCGGCGGCUUCCUGUGGCAGGCCCGGGGGGACGAGGGCCGGGCGGGCGAGCUGCUCCGGCGGCACCUGAGGUGGCGGAGGGAGAGCCUGCCGGUGGCGCGCGGCGAGGUGGCGGAGGUGCUCCAGGCGGGGGGGCUGGCCGUGCUGGAGGGCACGAGCGCUGCGGGGCACCCGGUGCUGCUGCUGAACUUUAGGCGCCUCAUGGAGGCGGAUUUCAGCCAGGAGGGCGAGCUGGCCCGGCACAUCCGGGCCGCCGUGUACUGUGCCGAGGAGAUGCUGUCCAGGAUGCCGCCAAAUGUGAGCCAGUGGGUGUCGAUCAUCAACUGCACGGGGAUCAUGAUGCCGCCCAGCGCCUUCCUGCAGGGCUUCCAGCAGACGUUCAAGGCCAACUACCCCGAGCGGUGCCACAGGAUCAUCCUCUACCCCAUCCCGAGGCUCAUCGCACGCGUGAUUCAGGGCGCGAUGCAGUGGGUGCCGGCCAACACCAGGGACAAGAUGAGCUUCGUGGCGAGCCUGGACGACGUGUGCAGGGCGGCGGGCCUGGCCAGGGAGCAGCUGCCAGAGCACCUGCUCGACCCCAGGCCGCUCCCGGCGCCGCCAGGCGCGCUGGCGGCGCCCGAGGCGCCUCCCAGCGAGGAGGCCGCCGUCGAGGCUCGCCAGGAGGAGGCGGCCGCCUCCCCGCGGGAGGCGCCGGAGCACGAGGGCGCGGGCGCCCGGCGUGCGGAGGGGGGAGACGCGAGGCGCUGGCCGCACUGGGGGAGCUGGGCGCUCCUCUGCACGUCGAGGUCGGCGGCCGCGGUGCUCGCCUGAAGCCCAGCCUCGGCUCGCAGCCGGCCCUCUGGCGGGCGGCGCUGUCCGAGCAGUGGUCGGCAUCCAGACCUGCAAGAGGUCAGCGGCCUGUGGGUGUGCGCCAAGUGUUUGCAAGUGCCGCAGGGAGCGACGAUGGUCGCAGGGUUUGGCCGCCAUCCCUGAUGAAUGAGCCCAGAUGGGCUACGUGAGGCAGAGUGCAGGUUCAUUUGCCUGUGCAGCGGCACAUGCACGGGCAAGUGUUCCCGCACAUUUUUCCUUCAUGUUUGAAGCAUCCGAGCCAAUGUUUGGUAAAUUGCUGGCGAGUUGCCAAGCUUCCACGAAGCGUGCGAGCAAACACUCGCAGCAGGCAACGUCCAGUUGCGACACGCCAUUCAGGAAUCAGCGUUGUGCUGGCCCAUCGAGCUCGCUAUUUUUCUAGCCCAUCGUCCCAUCGUGCUCGCCAUUGUUAGAUGACGAGUUUUUCUCCACGUGGCAUCGAGCACAUCCUUAUCAUCCUGCCAGGUCGAUGAUAUAUUCAGUGUGUAGCGUUCAGCCGUGCAGGCUUUGCCCAGUGCGACAAACUCCUGUGUCCUCAAGUGCGGAAAAAAGCUCGCACAAGAUAUAGCGGCGCCUGCACUGCCACUGCCCUGGCAAAGUUGGAGCACCCCCCCUUGUCAUUUGAUGUAAUUGUACGAGCGUGAGUGAUUCGAAUAUGUUUGUGUUGCUCGUUUUUUGGUGCUUAUCAAGGUUCUGUACCUCAGCAGCUUGCUAGUGUACCCACGUGCGUGUUGUUCCAUAGCCACUGUUUGAUCAGACAUGCGCGCCGCCCAAGGGGUCACGCGAGCGCCAUCGAUCGCCAGAAGCAG